UUCCCUACCUGUUCUCCCUCAGCACAGGGAGAAAAUUUGUAAUUUCCAACUUCCAUUUACUGUGCAAACCAGUCUUUUAACGCAUUUGUUUUGACAUCAGCUUGAAAUGUUAUCUGAAAUAGUUGUCAUUCCCUUGGUGUUUACCUCCCUGUCUGUUGUACAGAAAGCUGUCUAUAAAUAGUCUCAGCUCAGAUCCUGCUAGGCUGAGAAGAUUAACUCUGCAUUCUCUUUGUCCUAGUAACCAUUCUCUGCAUCUGCUCUACUUUCAUUUCUCUUGUGUGUUGGUGACCAGAAUGUUGCAUGAGGUUUCACGAGUAGUGGUACCACUUCUGUGUUUUGUUUUGGGGGCUGUGUUGUGGUUGUUCAGUUUGGUUUUUUUUAUUUCAUCCCAGGUGUAAUGCACUAAUGGUUCAUAGCUUCAGGUUGUGCAGACAGGUGAUGAGCUGCAUCUGUGGGAGGUGUUUUUGAUGUUGUUAGACCCUAAAAUGUGAUAUGUGCAAUACACUUACACAAAUGAAUAGCUUCAGAGUGGCCAGGUCUUUCUGCGUGGUGUUCUGAUGCUUCUUUUUAUUGAGAAUGUCCUUGAUUUUUCUACAGCAGCUUUUAUUGGCAUGCUUCUAUUCUUGUGUGCCAGGAUCAAUUAUUAAAAUAGUAAGAUUAGUCAUAGAAGCAGUCUUUGAAGAAAUUUUUGAGCUCAGCUGUGCCUAGAGCUUGGGCCUCAACUGACCAUCUCUCCAUAGUGUGGUGCAAAGAACUGAUCCUGGCGACCAUUAGAGCUUUAUUUGAUCUCAUAGAUGAAAACACAAGGCAGAUAACUGAGGAUCCAAAGAAGAGAAUGUCUGUACUGAAUCACCACUUUGUAAGACACCCUGCAAAGAUAUUUGAGGAAAAUCCUGAAGUUUUUACACAACUCCCAGGGAUUUUCAUGUGGAUUACAGUCAAAGCCUCAAAAUGGACUUAUUCAGUUUACAAUGACUCUGAUGGAAAAUAUUUCACGUUUCCUCUUGCAAACCACAGAAAAUCAUACAGUCAUGUUUACUGUGAAAAUAGUAUGUUGGACACGAGUAGUUGGAUUUAUGGCUGCAUGAACAGUAAUUCAUCGAUGUGCCUGGAAGCUACUGAUCUGUCCUGGAGAGCUGAGUUACUUCCAACCACCAAGGUUGUAAUGCUGAAACUUCAGGACUAUCCCUCUUUGUCCCACAUUGUCAUUCAGGUACCAGCUGCAGUUGGCAAUAAGUAUACUUUGGGCUGUGAAUUCUUCCAAGAGGAUUCCAGAACAGUACAGCUUCCUGUUACACAUCUGUUUUCAUUUGGGCUCUCUUCAAGCAAAAUUCUAUUAAAUUCGACUGGCUUACUUUACAAUGUACAGCUCCAGCACUUCAACCAAAUAUAUCAAGCUUUCAAAAUUUAUAUAGAGAGCCACUGCCGGUCACUCAAAGAAAGAAAACCUAGUGUUUACAGACUUCAUAUACCCUGGUCACAUGAAGACUCAAUAAUUGUAGCAAAAGUCCCAUCUCUUACUGAGAUUUCUGCCAAGCUGCAUAUUGCUCAGCCUCAGAAUGACAACAGGGCUCCAGAGUUAAAUAUCUACUCUUCCUCAGACUGUCAGUAUGAAGUUAUUCUGAAGACGUCACUUCUACAGGUUCUUGGGCAAAUAGUAAGGUUCCAUGCUGGUGCUUUUCCUGUCUAUAUUGUUUCUAAUAUUCUUCUUACUUAUGGAGGACAAUUGAGCACAUUGAGGUCAACAGGCCAGUGCUCAGACUUUUUGCUUGAACUAGUUAGGACAGCUAAGCCCUACAAAGUAGAACCUCUUAUAAGCAUUGUUGUGUUUCUGCAGGGGUUUAACUGGUUUAGAGAGAUAUGGGAGUCACUGUCACUACCAGAGGUGGAUGCUGCUGUACUGAGUAGUCAGGAUGCAUGGUUCCCCCUUGUGUCCCUGAUUCUAUUUCUUUUUGGGACAGGCAUUGCCUACUGGAGUGGAGUAUUUUUCUCUACAUCUCUGAGACUCUUCUCUUCAUUAUGGUUAACUCUGAUCAGACCUACUGUACUGCAAAAAGAUAAGUUGAUUACACCCAGAAGACUCUGUGGGAUGUUAUCCCUUGCUUUGGUUAGCUGGACAACUUGUGGUGCAUUUGCUGUAUUCCUUACUUAUCUUCAAUACUUGUUUAAGGUUAUAAAACUGCAUGUGAAUGUAAGAGCAGAACAAAACAAGCUCAACAGGGAUUCAGACCACUCACAAGAAACUUCACAAAACUCCAGUAUACACACAGUCAAACCCCAGAGCUCCAUGGACAGUGUUCCAGAAGAAAGCCAGUCUCCUGCCAACAGUACAACAAUUGCUGAAGCUGUUAACAGUCUUAAGAUGCACUUUACAAUCCUCAAUUUAUUCACAUGGAUUGUGCUGCUCAACUUGCCAUCUUUAAUUUAUUGGCUAAAAAAUCUCAGGUACAAUGUUAGGCUUGAUCCUGAUCCAUGUAGAUCUACAGCUAUUAUCAUCGUGUGCAUUUUAGAAAUUCUAAUGAAUUCAAGUACUUCUGAAGUGAAGUCAAGUAAACUCUUGAAGAUUGCAGCCAAAGUUCAACUCCCUUUGUCUGUUGCGAUGCUGGCCUUUGGACGAAUGCAUUUAUACAGAGUGCCACACUUUGUAACCUUUUCUCUUCUCCUACAUGUGCUGUGCUGUGUUGUGUAGUGUUCAUUCUACACAGGAAGGACAGUGCACUCAAGAAACUUAACACUGGAGAUGGGACGAAUUUCAGCGAAGAAAUGCCUAAAUUAAUAUCAUCGGUUGUUUACGUUAUGUAGGAAAGAGAACAGAACUGUGAAUCCUUUAUGAAAAGUUCAUGGUUCUGUUCAUGUUGCUUGGAAAGCUUUUCACGGUGUUUAUUUCCUGACCCUUAAAAUCAAGUGAUUUAACUGUGUGUAAGCACAUAAAUCGUAUCAGUGCAACAUCUCAGUACUCUGCCUUGUAGACACUUUGAUAUUUCACUGUAUUGCUUUGUUGAAACAGACUUUUUUUACUCACUGUGCCAUACAGUGUGUAUGCUCUGAACUUGCAUCUCUUGCAGGUCUAAAGUAUGCUGGUUAAAACUCAAUACAUUUCAAGCACACUGUGACUAUCACAACAACUACACAGCCAAGUAUACUUUUAAUUAUUUUAUGUACAUUUAAAAGCUGCCACAGUUAUGUCUAGACAAACUAGAAUGUACUGCUUAUAUUGAACUGUUAUUUCUAUCAAAUCAUUUGUUCAAUCAGUGUGAGUUGAACAUUUGUGAGAUUAUUAAAAGUCUUACACUUUUUACUUUUUGUGAGAGUGAGAAAACAACAGUAUUCUAUGUAGCUUUCUAUUCAGGAAGGAUACCAGCAGAUUCAUAAACAAUUUGCUGUGAUGUUGUUUUAAAACAUUUCUCUGGAAUUUUGAAAUUAAUCCUCAGACUUUGUCCAUAUGUAGAAGCUAGCAAACCUUGAGGCGUGGUGUGAGUUAAGUACUGUACUGCACUGUUUCCAAGUGGACAAAGAAGGCUUUUUCCCUAUUGUAAACGGAGAAUCGAUCAUCUCCUAAUAAAUUCCCAUACAUGAAAUGAAUAUGGAAUAGUUACAAUACUGUAAACUCCUGCCCUGCCAUACAGUGCUAACUUCUGCAUGUGGACAAACUCUCGGUAAUAGUGGGAAGUACUGACCAUAAUUAUUAGCUCUGUAUAAACUAUUAUCUUAGUGCCUAGAUGCUACAGUGACUGCCAUUUAUAAUAAAGCCUAAAAAUAGCUCUGUGUAAGGAGUUCUGUCCCCUGGGCAUGUGUUUUGCCAACAGAAGAAAUCGCAGUAGCCAUUAGGUUUAAAUGAUGUGUUGAUUCUGUGUAGAGAUGAGCCUGCUCCUUGCUUCUAUGUUAGCUGUCUCUGCUGUGUCUGAGAAUACCUGUUCCUCUUCAUAUGGAAAUACCAGACCAGCUCAAUCAUCUUCUAGGAAUAAAGAGAGGAAGUCUGCUGCUCACAGUCAAUCAAGUAUAUUCUUGAUAUAGUAGUACAGCCAGCCUGACCCAUUAAUUUAAUUGUAUCUCAUUAAUCUUGCCUAAAGUGCCUCAGUUAGUUCUAACAUGUUUUUAGGGUCCAUUCAUCUGAGCUGGCUGCAAUGACUCAACUCACCCAGGGACUUUCCAGAAUGAAGGACAAAUGUGAAGUAAGGAUGUGUUUUGUUCGCUUACAUCCAAGUCAGCAGUUUGGGUUAUUCGUAAGUCAUUAAAACUGCUGUAACUGAGUAAGGCUAUUGUAGUCAGCCAAACCACUGUCACUGUUAUCAGUAAUCUGUGUGCAGGUGUUCUAGUCUUAACCUUUUUUAAAAAAGGUUAGAUUAUACAUAGUGUUGUAAAUCAGAGAAGUUAUUUGAAUUGAUAAUAUCGUGAUAUUUUCUGAUCAAAUGUAUGCUACAGAAUAUGUAUAUAAGAAUUUGUGUGACUAAUUAUAGCUAAAUCCAACUCUUGGUUUAACAAAAAAUUGCUGUUUAAUUAUAGAAGAAUAGAGAAUUUUUCUACUUGCAAAUGGCUGUGAAUGAAAGAUGGUGGCAGAACUGCUUUAGGGCUGUCUGUGAAACAUGCAGGAUUCUGAUUUCUGCGGAUGAUAAUUUUCCUUGACCUUCAUGGUCCUUUUGACUUACUGCUGUAUUUUACUUCUGAUUUUGUAUUGCCAUCUUAGUGGGCUCUUUAUCUAUUGGCUGGAACUGUUGGUGGCAAGUAUUAAUCAGAAUAAGGAAAGCAAUAUCUCUGCAUGUAGUAGCUUUGAUAGCUUCCAAAAUACACCACAAUGUGAAACCUACUGACUUAAAGCAGCAUAGAAUAACACCAAUUUUUCAAAAUUUAAUUAUUUUUUUUUUAAAGCUGGGAAUUCUAUUGAUGAUUACUAGCACUCUUCAUAAAGUGAGUUCCAGAAUCUUGUAUAUAUUCCUGCUUGAUUUUCAGGUUAAAGGUAGGAAUACAUAUAAUCCUGAGUCUGAGAUCCCAGAGGGACAAGGGUUUUUCACAUCUCCCUCAAUGCUACCUUUUCUCAGAGAUAGUUUACCUUUGGUGGGGAAAGGAGGGGAAGUCUUACUCCUGCUUUGAAUUUAUAUGCAUUGUGUGCCAUUUGAUAGAUUAAAAUUGUUGUCAGAGAUGUGCAUCUGGAUUUUGCAGUGAUCAUGGACUGGACACCUUCAGCUGUUUGGCAGAUUAGGAGUCUAAUCCCAAUUAGAUCUUCUGUAUAAUCAGUGGAUGGUAAUAGGAUUAGAACAAGUCCAGAGAAAAACCCAUCCCAUUCUAAGAGGAUGAAUUAUCCCGCUUGCCAUUCUGGAAGGGACUAGCUUUUAUAGCAUUCUAAAAUGGUAUUUCAGGUGAAAUACAAUAUUGUUUGUUGCUUUUGGACAAGAAGCUUCUGUUAGGUGAAUCUGUACUUCUGCCACUGAUCACAGUUACCAUUUUGGCAGAAAUGUAGGCUAACCCAAUAUAAAUACUUUUAAUUGCAUAUAUGAGGAGGUCUAAGUAUUACUGGAAUAUCCUUUAUUAUGAGUAGGGUGCAUUUAUAAACAGCUUUUGGCAAAUACAUUAUAGUAUCUCUUAUUACCUUUAGCUAAAUUAAAAUUCCAGUUUAUUCUUCAGAUUUUAGGUUAUGUAGACUGUGUGGGAGAAGAACAAGACACAAAUUAACUUGUAAAGGUUUAUACCUCAGGAUGCAUUCAAAAUAGGAACUAUUUAUGUGACUUUAUUGUAACAUUUUUUUAUAAACUAUCAGAAGCAGAAUGAAAAAACAGGGUAAGAACUUAAAGUACUUUGGUGCAGCAUAUAUGUACAGGAGAAUCUUUCUUUGGCAGGGGUAGAUUUUAAGAUGAGAAGCUUUUAUUGAUAUCUUUGUACCCUGAAAUUACUCAUGAAGUCUCUAAUCUAUUCUGGUUGAUGUCAUCAGACUUGGUUCCUCAGUCUCCCAUGCUGCAGCCCCAGGACCUACACGUGUAGCAAAUGGUUCAUAGGAGGUCUCUCUGAGUCUGGUAAGGGAGGACUCACCUCUUAACUGGAGUUACCAAAUGCACCUGGAAACUGAAGAAUGAACGUUGUCCAAAGGUGGUAUUUUUAGUUUUGAUUUAAAGGUUGGUUGCAGUGUGUCACAUUUCAGCAUCCUGUUAAAAGGGGGUUUUGAGUUUUGGUGGGAGGGGUUUUUUUUUUUACAUGUUUUAUUUCCAAAGAACUUGCAAUAAAUGGAAUUUAAGUUAAUGUUAUUUCCAGUAUUUAAAGUUCUGCCCUGAUUUUGGUUUUGAGUGAGCUCACUCAUGUAUCAAUUCACUCCUGAAUAUUAAUUGACUAAGUUUUACAACAGAUGAAUAACAGCAAAACCCUAAACAGUGCAGGAGUAAUAUAUUGCAGGAGUCAUAGAGACUGCCUGUCUGUCUAAGGGAAUUUUUCAAUAACCUCAUUGGACUAUCUUUAAAGUCAGUGAUUAAUAAAAUAAAGUUUAUUGGCACUUAAAAAACCCCAAAGCAUUGCAUAUUUUGGUAUUCGACACGACAGCUAAUUUUCCAUGUGUUUGCAAGUAACAAAGUGAUGACCUUGUUACUUGACUUUUUUUCUGAAAUCUGAUACAUCCGCUUCUAAGCUUUGACAGGACAGAAUAAAGUCAAUUAUGUGCCUGUCAAUAAAUGUUAACAUUUGAGAAACUUUCCUUUGAAUCUAGUUUAUUUCAAUACAGUGAUGAGUGUGUUUAGACUUGAUUUGUGCUGAGAAAAAACCAGCCAUUUGCUGACCUUCAAUACUCUGAGUUAUGAAAUGAUUUUGGAAGCUGUUAUAGUGUCUGUACAGAAUUGUACUGCUGUUUGAAGUCGCUCAGCUACUAGAAAAUUGUUGUUGUAAAACAGGCUAAAAUCUUAAUGCUUGUUUUUCAUUUAAUGGUGAAUGUUGCUAACUGAAUUUACAGCUUUGACAUUUUGCAUCUCUUUUUUGUCUGGGAGAUAAUCAAGCUAGCUUUUAUAAGCACUUAGCUUGGUACUGUGAAAUAUAAAAUUUUCCUCACUGUUCCUUUAGGGGAGGCAUACUUACAUACUUUUGUCACCAAAGCUCCUUGCUGCUGUUAUAUAGCCUCUAGGAAAUGUGUAUGAACAACAAUUCAAAACUAAUUCCUUUUUUUAUGCUAAAGUAAGAUAGUUUUUCUACCUUUUUCUUAGAACCAGGACUUUAGGCUAGAAGAUUAGAAUCUGUAAAAUCUUAGAAAAUUUAUUUGAAAACCUUUUGUGAAGAUUACGCUUUCUUAUUUAUGGAAGAAGGUGUUCAGUGCUUUUAAUCAGCUCAUCUAUCCUCAAACUUAAAUAAAAACUAUGUGUUUUGUCUUAUUAAUAAACAUUAAUGCUUUUAAAAAUUAAUUUUAAGCAUUUAAGGAGAAAAUUCCAUGGCUCUUACUUAAGGAAAUCUGCCCAGAACCUCCAUUUUUCAGGUCUAGGGAUGUAACAGCCUAAUAUGUGCUUGUUACCUUGUAGCGAGAAAACCUGAGGUGGGAUGUUUUGACUUUAAUUUUGCUGAAGAUUUAGGGUUUCAUUCUGCAUUCUUGAAAGUAGAGAGAUUUUGCUACUCAUGCUGUCAUAAACAAGCAUUUUGUGCGUAACCUCUCUUCCGAUAUUGGCAGGCUGUGGUCUAGAUUCUGUAGGAAUUCGUGUGGUAUCAGAGCUAAUUUUGCAUCUCUAAAGACCAGGAAUGGCACACAGAAACUUGUUGUUUUGUGGCACAUCAUUCCAGUUCCUCCUUCCCCUGCAGUUAUCUUUGGUUUGCAGGGUCCUUCCCCUGUAGUACAAACCACAGUGUUCAGAGAACAUCAGGUCUGGUGAAAACACACAGCAGCUGUCCUGUAGACUGUUUCCUAGUGAAGUUUUGCCUGUUUGUUGAAAUACCAGCCAAGACUCUUCCUUUUUUUCCCCUUCAACUUAAAUAGUUUCAGGGUAUAUAUAUAUUAAGCAUCGUAUGUGCAAGUGUGUUGAUGUUUAGUUUUAUAAAAGGCUGAGUGCACCGUUUUGGCAUCGAUGCAGGCUUCAGUAUUUUCCACCUACGUCACUCUGAGUGUGAAAACAGUAUUUGAGACUGCAGCACUUGACAACUGAAACGUUUUACAGAAGUAGACAGGUAGUAGACAGGACACAUAAUAAUUAGAGUGCCAGACCAAAACUGAAAUGUGAAAUUCCUCACUGUGACUUUGAACUUGUAGCUUUCUAGAGAUAAAAAAAAUAGAAAAAAAAUACUGUGCCUUAAACCAGUAAAUGGAUACACUCUUAACUGUAGCCUGUGGACUUCUGUAGCCUUAUAUUUGAUUUUUGAAGUUGACCAAAAAUGUUUGUGUGGAUCAUACUGAAACUUGAUUUGGGGAAAAUACUUAAUUCUUUUGACCCCAUUUUGCGCUUAGAGAAAUGAAGAUUUAUGACAAGUACAAUAUAUUUUUGGUUUGGAAUCACACCCAAAGUUAGAAAGCUUUGUCUGACCUUAAUUUCUCGAAUCUUUUUGUUAUGUAAAAAAGAAAAAAUAAGGAAAAUUAGUCUCAGAAAUUUGUCUCAACUUUGAAGUCUGUGUGUCAAGUUAUUUUGAAACAUUUUGUUCUUCAUCUUCGCCAAAAGAAAAGAAAAUCCUCUUACUGUAGUUUAUGCAAAAUACUGUAUUUAAACCACUGAGUAUCAAAAAUCUAUGCUGGUAUGAGAAGAAAACUAGAAAGGGGUGAGAUUGUUUGUGUUGAGACACCAGAAGUUUUGAAUAAUAAAUUUCACUUUUUAGGAAAAAUAUUCACAUAUAAGUCCCUGGAAAUUAUGUGUAAAUUCCCUUUUUUUGGGGAAAAAAUUACACAUUAUUCUUCCUGAUUCAUUAAAGAAAACCAGAAAUAGUCAAGAUCUUAAAAUCUUGUUUUAGUACAGUAGAAGAUUUCUUACACAUGUUUGAUAUGAAGAGCUAAGGGAAAGCCACUGCUGGCUUUCCUUUUAUGUCUCUAGAGGAUUUGUUGUGUGUUUUGAACAGACACCCACAAAUUGGGACUUCAUCACCUUACCUGUGUUGGUACCAUGUACCACUGAAUGUGGAAAAAUGAUGCCAUCUCAAAGCUUAUCGUUGUACUGGGGGUAUUUAGUCCUGCACACACAAUGACUGCAUGGCAGCAGAUCACAGUAGUUGUUUGCAGCAAUACAAAUCAAAGCUAUUAACCUUUUUUUAUUGAGAACAUCUAUUGAAUCUGGGUGCCACAGUGCUGCUGGUGCUGUGGCACAAUAGAUAACAUGCAAUUUUUGUGUCCUCCCUGUUACUUCCUUCUUGUGUGUUCAUUUAGGACUCUUACAACUUAUUCUGGUCGCCCGAGUUUUUCUUUUGUGCUGAUGUUUCAGUAAUCCCACUCAUUGGUGAUUUCCUACAGGAAUGUUCUAGUAUUAAGAAUUAUUGAGAUGGUAGAACUAUAUUUAAGGCCUUUAUAUAUGAUGAUAACUCGAGGAAAACUCUGUAAUUUGAUUCCCCACCUACCUUUUAAUUGUUUUUUCCAGGCACAAAGACAGAAAGAUGUUGGCAAAAAUAUCUGGUUUGGGUAAUUAGAGGGGAGAUGCUUGUUUGGUUUUAAGAGGACUUCAAACUUGGAAGAACACAUACAUAAUUUUUGGAAAAAUCUAUCACAAGCAACCUGUCUUAUAUGUUUUUAACUCUUCCUCUGUUUUCAGCUCUGACAUAGCCACUGUAAACCUGCUGUUGUGUUGUGUAUGGAACUAAUUCUUAAUAAUUACAGGUUUCUGGAGAUGUUGACAGUCUUAUCUGUAAAUGUUUUAAUGAUGCUAUAGUAAAUUAUUGUGCUUAUUAAAAUGUUUAUAACCAAGUUGCUGCAGAUUGUGCCAUGCAUUGUAAGCUCUGGCAAAGUCCUUGUCUUGUGAGAUGCUCAGAAAAACUUGGAGAAGAGGUAUUUUCAGCUAAUGUUGAAAUUGCAGAAAACUGAAAUCUCAUAGUCUUUAAAAACUGUGCUUUUAGAUACUGGUACUUUUUGUUGUAGUUGAGGGUAACUUGAUUGGGAACUACUCUGGGAUUUUCACAUUUUGUUUGACGUUUUCCCAGUCUGCAAUGUAUACUUCAAAUUUUUUUUAUUUGUCUUUUUUUUUACCUAAACGUGCAUGACUUAGAGUACGUUGUAUAGCAUACCCCCUGCUAAAUAAACACUUUUGUAUAUUUUUGUACGGCGUCCUAACGUGGUUGCAUUAGUACAGAUGGUGGUAAUUCACAAAAAAGUGCCACUUACCAGUUCUAGUCUGUAGAGU